UCUAAGAGCCACUGGUGCAAGAUGGCGGCGCUGGGGGUGUUGCUGAGCUGUCUGAGGAGGUUGCGUCCUGGCGGUCGGUGGAGCAGCCUUUCUCCUACUUUGCUGCGCCUAGUGAGAACACCACCCUGUUCUUCUCAGAAUGGAGCCUAUGUACCAAGCAUCAGGGUGCAGUGGGCAUCAUCCUCUUCUAAGCCAGGGCAACCAGUAUCUGACUCUAGCGAGGGACAGAUCUACCUCACCAACAGCUGUGUGAAGAGGCUGCAGGAGAUUAUAGAAGGGUCUGAGUUUCUCAGGCUGCAGGUGGAGGGAGGUGGCUGCUCUGGAUUCCAGUACAAGUUUUCCUUGGACACAGUUAUCAAUCCUGAUGACAGGGUGUUUGAACAAGGUGGUGCUCGUGUUGUUGUGGAUGUGGACAGCCUGGCCUUUGUGAAAGGUGCAAUGGUGGAUUUCAGCCAGGAGCUGAUCCGCAACUCAUUCCAGGUGGUGAGCAAUCCACAGGCCGAGCAGGGCUGCUCGUGUGGAACAUCCUUCUCUGUCAGACUCUGAGUGGACUCCUCCUUGGGUGUUGCUUGGGUGGACAUUGAGCCAGAGACAGUCCUCAGCAUCGUCUCCAAGGGUUUCUCAUUUUGCUAUUUCCUCAGCUUCCCCAAUCCUCCUCCUCAAUCUGCUACAGUUACUGCAAAUAUCCCCAUUUGCCUGUCUGAACUGAGUCUGCAGCCAAGACCUAUAGGGCUCUCCCUCCUAUUGAAAUAGGCUUUAAAUCCCACACAAAAGCAUCUUCUGUCCUCUAUGAAGCUCCAGGAACUGCUGAAUAUAAUGAGCCACCCUGAUCUCCCUGAACCACCCAGCACAUGGAACUGCCUUCCAGGAGCUGCCUGUAUUUGACAUUGUUGGUUUUUAAAAAACAAACAAACUCAAUUUCCAUUGUUUAUUCAUAUUUUUCAUGCUUUUCAAAGUGUGGUUAGAAUGCAUCUCUAGGGAGAUGGCUGUUUCCCCCUUGCCCUUAAACUGACUGUGGGACUCAUGAGGUGCCUGCCCUUUCCAGCUGGCUGUGGGUCUUCCCAGACAAUUUGUUCUACUAAUCUCCUUAUUCUUGACGACCUACCUGCCUAUAGGGAGCAGCCAGCAGCUGAGGGAAGACUGCUCUACCUGGUACAUAUAGGUGAAGCAGAGAGGUGGGUGUAGGGGGGAAGACUAAAGCUUUAGGGUUAGGGUUGGGGCUUAAAAAAAAAAAAAGGCAAUUUGGUUUGUUUCCCUCCUGACUCAAUUUAAAAAAUGGUACGAAUCAGCAAAUGGCUUUUCAAACUCUCUCUACUUUUGCCGGCAGGGUAUAAGUUGCAUGGUGGUUGGAGAACCUGUGGUCACAUCUAGGAGACCUUGUACCCUGUCCUGCACAUCAGUUUGAUUUAAUAAUCUAAAGUAUUUUCCUAAUUUUGCUUCAUAAUCUAAUCUCUCUUCAGCCUUGUUUCUGUUUUUAGGAGAGAAACAAAUCUCUCAUUCCCUUUGUAGGGCAGUGCCCAGACACAACUGUGCUGUAGGAAGGGUGGCCUAGGAAUUUCCAAUGCAAUUUCAUUUUCAAUUACUCAUCACUUUGUGGAACUCCCGCCUCUUAGCUGAAGUUUUCCAUGCUUAGUCUCUGCCUGAAGGUGAAUGUUUGGUAAAUUUGAGCCAAAAUGGUUCAUCUAUUUUCAGGUGACAGGAGGGAUAGGGAACUUGUGUGCUUUUCCCAUUAUUACAAACAAACCUACUUUAAUGGUCUCACAGCCAAAUCAUGGGAUUUAAAAGUGUCAGUUUCUCAUGGAAUGGGGAGCAUCCCAAGGAAUCAGCUUGCGAUUUGGGCAGAUUUUAAUCCUUUGAAAAUUGAAUACCAAGCAGUAGGUUUUUUUUUUAUUAAGCGUGUUAAAUGCUUAUCUAAAAAGGGUUUGGGCGUGUGUGCACUGCUGAGUUACUUGUGUACUGAUCUCUGUUGUGGUUGCUCCUAACCAGCUGUGAUUUUCCCCCC